CAGCAGGAAGAGGCUUCCAGUUUCUCUUGAUCAGACCCACAGUCCGGCUAAUCCAGCCUCUUCAAAGCCCAGCCAGAGGGUGGGGACCUAAACCAAUGGGGACCUAAAACCAAGCCCCUGACUCAUUUCCCAAUAAUGCGAGUCAGGCUGCGAGUGCUUUUGAAAAAGACUGACGUUGCAUUGUGCUCAGCUGCUGAUGGAACAGGGGAGGAACAUGCGGGUGUGAGAAAACCAACUGGAAUUUGGAGAAACCCUCUUAACUGGUUGGAAGAUAAGGGUGGGACACAUUUCAACUGGAAAGAGAAGUGAGAAGAAGGGCACUGAUAUCUCUGAACUUGCAGCUGCCAACGGUCUCGAUGGAUCUUGGGCUUUACAUCAUUCUUGGUGUUUGUGCUGUUAAUGCUGUUGUCUGGGGAUGCCCACCGCAGUGCCAGUGCAGAAGCAACAAAAUUCUAUGUCAAGGCCAUGAAAUUCAAGAGUUUCCAUCUGCCAUCCCCUCAACCACGAGUACUCUGUAUAUUUCAUUCAGCAACAUUUCCUCGCUGAAACCUGCUGACUUUCAUGCAUUUUCUGAAUCUCUCACAAUAUUUGCUGUCAAGGAUUCAAGACUAAGUGACGUGCAGCCCCACACGUUUGACAGCACCUUCAACCUAAUCGCCCUGGGGUUCACAGGAACUGAUUUAGUCAAGCUACCAGAUAACUUGUUUCAGAAUUUGCAGUUGCUCACAUCUCUCACGUUGAGCAACAACAAACUAAAUGACAUCUCUUCAUCUCUGCUAAGUCCUCUUCAAGUUUUGAAGGUCUUAGACCUAAGCAGAAACAAACUCACGUCUAUUCCAGAGAAUGCAUUUCAGGGUCUAUUUCAUUUGGAGCAGCUUCAGUUGCAGAGAAACAACAUUCUGGAACUGGGCAAAGGGACUUUUCAUGGGCUCAGCAAGCUUAAAGUCUUGUUCCUCCAGCAGAACGGUCUAAAAGAGCUUCCAGACAAUGCCUUUAAGGACCUGGUUAACCUUGAGGCUUUGCAUCUGCAGAAUAAUGCGAUCACACACUUACCAGCAGACCUUUUCACACAUCAACAGAAGCUGCAAAAGCUCUAUCUCUCCAAUAACCAAUUGUCUGCACUUCCUGGCGGCAUCUUCUUGAAUCUUCCCAAUCUGCGACAGAUAUCACUUUAUGACAACCAGCUGCAGAGUCUGCCUGCGGGAACUUUUGGACCCAUGCCUCUCCAGGACCUGUGGCUGUAUGACAAUAUGUUGACCCGGCUUGAGGAGAACGCGUUCAGCAAUUUGACUAAUGUACGUCUUUUGGUGCUCAGCCGAAAUCAGCUCUCCCGUGUCUCGCCUGGUGCCUUCAAUGGAUUGACAAGCUUGGAAGAAAUUUCUUUACACACCAACCAAUUAGCCACCCUUGAAGAAGGAGUUUUUAGAGGCCUGCCUAAGUUGGUGAACAUCUCACUGGAAAAUAAUAGGAUUGUUGACCUUCCUUUGAAACUUUUUGAUGGCAUCCCCAACUUAUUUCAAGUGGAGCUUCAAAAUAACUCUCUACCACAUUUAAAACAAGAGAUUUUAGCCGGACUGACUGGGGCUGAAAGUGUGGUGCUUGCUGAAAAUCCUUGGAGGUGUGACCAUGACAUUGUACCACUUCGGGACUGGCUAAGAAAGAACUCAAACAAAGUCAAAAACGUCACAUCUCUUACAUGCUUUAGUCCUUCAAACUUGAUAGACGUUAGUAUAACAAACCUCAAUGAUGUUGAUUUACUUGCGUCACCCACUUCGAAAUCCUCUGAAGACGAAUCCGUUAGUCCUACAGAUAAGCGGCGAAGACCUCACACCCCCCCACCCAGACGGAGCACCGCUGCACCUGUUGCUAACUCCACAUCAUCUCCAGAUAAAAGAGAGGACACCAGCAAUGAUCACAAAGAGACUGAAGCAAUGUCUAAAGACAUGUAUUUGAUCAUUAUUGCUGUAGUCUGUACGGUAGUCAUUAUCAGUUUCAUCAUCUCUGUUGUCUGCUGGAGGAGUAACAAACAAGGCAGUCAGGACUUAGGCCAUCAUCCACAUACAAACUCAGUUAUCUAAUGCAAAGCAUCUUAAGAAUAUUUCACAAACUGUUGCGUGGCAGCACACUGGCCAUGUUUUACUUGUUAAAAAAAAAAGGUACAAAGAUUUGGAAAUGACUACUUAUUAAUAUAAUGUGUGGAGUGUCCUUUUAGUAGAUAAUUAUAAAAGUAUAUAGACACAGCACAUCAUUAAAUGUAAUGUUCAGUAUUGUAACACUGUGCAAGGGACUAUCAUUAAUUUAUUUGAUUUGCUGUGAAAAUAACAGUUACGUACAAGUGUAUGUCUCCUGAGCCUUCCACAGGAGAAAUAUCUAUUUAAAAAAUAAUUAAUGAUUUAAAGUAUUGAGAUAAAUCUUUGAUAUCGUAAGACCCCCAGAAAUUGUCCUCAUCUGAUGAACAGCAAUUAAGGUUUCAACCUUAUAAAAAAUUAAUGGCCAGACCUGCCCACUCCACACAGCAACACACAUUGUUGAAUCUAUUAAAAAGACUAGUUAAACAAGAGAAAUCAAAACAUUUAAAAAUCUGAAGAAAAAAAUAAUGAAUUUAGGAGUAAAAAUCUUAUCGCAAAAUGAAAAACUAACAAGAUGUUACCUGAAAAGAGAAGAAUAGUUUGACCACAGUAAACAAAAAAAAAACUGAUAUUAUAUUUAGUUUUUGGGGUUUCUGUGUCAUUUCUUACCUUUUUUACAUUUAAAUGGAAUGGUGCAAUACAGAUGCUCACCUAACAUUCCACUAACAUUUACUUAACAUGAAGUUGAAUGUAUAUGUUAAUUCUCUAAAAAACCUAACCCUAACUUAAGCCUAACCUUAACCAUGAAUUAACCCUAAAACCUGACCCAAACCUUAGAACUAACCCUAAACCUAAACCUUAUAUCCAACCAUACACUUAACUCUAAUCUUAAGCCUAACCUUAACCAUGAAUCAACCAUAAAACCUCAGCCUAACCCUAAAUCAUAAAUCUAACCCUAAACUUGUCAUUUACAUGUUAAGAUUGGAAUUUAGGUUAGAGUUGGGUAUAGGGUGCCAUUUAAAAAAAAUCAAUUACUUUUACCAUGAAAUUUAUUUGCAUUUAAUAAACAUUUGUUUGAUUUUUUGUUGAAUUAUAGUUGAGCAUCUGUAAGACAUCUAUAAUCCAUAACCUAUCCAAAUAAAGUGAUACCAAUUAAAGAUGUAAUAAAUAAAGGGUGGCCACAGUGAUGUAAGUGAUGCUUUCAGAAAUUAAUAAAAAUGUUUAACUUUUUCUCUGUGUUUAGCAUAGAAUAUCAAAAGUGCAUUUCUUUCCUCUUAUUCAUCUGUAAUAAAUACAUUUUUUUAUUUUUGUUUUCUUUCUGGUUGAAUGCAUUAAAAAUAAAAUGUUUACGACAAAUAUGAUUUCUCAACAAAAUUAGAAAUGGGCAGUAAAACUACACAUUUCUGACUGCAUUUGUUUUACUAAUGACUGUUUUGUAUAAAUAAUUUUGCAUAAAAAUCUCUGCAUGCUAAAUUAUGUUGGAAUUAUAUCUGUUUGUCAAAAUGUCCAAGUUAAUAGAUACUUCAUGGUAAAUGUAAACUGUAUUACUGUAUGUCUUCUGGAGUCAGGAUUAUACUUCUUCUUUCAAGCUGCUUUGUUCAAUACUAUACACAGAAUUAACAUUACCUAAUAUUAGAUCUGAUCCUAAUUCUAAUGCAUUGCCUGUUACCUUAUAAAAGAAUUAAAUGUAUAUAUGUAAUUUGAUUGAAUAUAUUUUCUGUCAGCAAAUAAAUUACACUCCUCACUUUACUGUC